AUGUUAGAUGGUACAAUCUCCCAGACUGGUCGCAUUUGGCACCAGGUUAAUCUCACGGUCUCGGCCAAUGGCCAUCCCCACUCCAUUCCUUUCCUAGUCUGCCCCAUAGGCAAUACCCCCGCAAUUUUGGGUAUGACCUGGCUCAUCCAAGAAUCACCACUCAUUGACUGGGCCCUAGGGACUGUCACAUUCCCCGAUCAGGUGCAAAUCGCAUCGGAAGAAGAAGCAGACCCCAAUCCCUUGGUGGAACUACCCACACAGUACCACAAAUUUGCCAAGGUGUUUGGGGAAGAAGAAUUUAAGGUGCUUCCCCCACAUCGGGAAUAUGAUAUCUCCAUUGAUCUGGUCCCUGAUGCUAAAUUAACCCCUGGCCCCAUAUAUGGCAUGACUGAUGCGGAAUCGAAGGCCCUCAAACAGCACAUUGAUGAGGAGUUAGCCACAGGAAAGAUCCGCCCCAGUACCUCUUUGGCCGGCGCCCCAGUCAUGUUUGUCAAAAAGGCGGAUGGUUCCCUCAGACUGGUUGUGGAUUAUAGAAAACUCAAUGACGUCACCCACAAGAACGUCUACCCACUACCAAGGCAAGACGAUCUCAUGGCCAAAUUAAGACAUGCCAAGUUGUUUACCAAACUGGACUUACGUUGGGGUUACAAUAAUGUCCGAGUCAAGGAAGGAGAUGAAUGGAAAACGGCUUUUAGGACUAAAUAUGGGCUCUUCGAAUACCUAGUAAUGCCCUUUGGUCUUACAAAUGCCCCGGCCGCUUUCCAACAUUUCAUGAACAACCUAUUCAGGGACCUUAUUGACGUCACAGUGGUCAUCUAUUUGGACGACAUCCUGAUCUUUUCGGAGAAUCCAGAAGAGCACCCGCCCAUGUACAAGAAGUCCUAUCCAGACUAA